GUCCACUGCCAUAGGUUGAGAUAGGAGGAUUUUGUUUUUUGUUUCUUUUGUGUGGAUUCCCAUAUGAAAUGCUAAGACUUGCAGAACCUGGGAAGUCGUGAGUUGUACACGUUUGCAUUUUGAAUAAAUCCCCUUAAUAGACCAAACCUGGGAUUUCUUCCCAACUGGGCGGUGGAUUUAAUGAGUUUUCUGUCACACGUGAUGCUGCCUAACACGAAUAAAUGCAGAUGGAGAAUUUCCGUUUCCCGAAAGACGGAACGUGAGAGCAAAGAAAGUUUACUUUUGUGUAGAUGAAAGCGACGGAUGUCUUGCAUUUGCAGGCGCAGCUUUGACCCGCUCUGCACUUCUCUUUUCUCCUCAUGGUUGGUGCGUAGUUUACGCCCUCAGCAAAAAUCUCUCAAACCAAAAGUACAACUACAAAGUUUCUAUCUCUUCUGUACUGUUUCUGUCGCAGCAAAUUUUGCAGACUGACCCAUCUAACAUUUGGUGGAAUUGCCAGAGAAAGUGGGGAUAAAUUUUAAAGUAUGUGAAAGGAGGAGAAGAAAGAGAAUGGGGGAUUUGGGGAUGGCUGUGGAGGAAAUCAAGGCUGUGAAGGUGGUGGGGAGAGGAGCCAUGGGAACUGUGUUUCUGGUUCACAAAAAGGGCUGUGAUCAGCCUUUGGCUUUGAAGGCCAUGAACAAAUCUGUGCUAGAGAAGCAGACAGAUGGGUUAAAGAGAGCACGGGUGGAAAGAAAAAUUCUGUCAAGGUUGCGCCAUCCUUUUCUGCCAUCACUAAUUGGGCUUCUGGAGACGGAGAAGAUCAUUGGGUGGGUUAUGGAUUAUUGUCCCGGAGGUGAUUUGAAUGCUCUCAGACGCACCCAGUCUGAAAAAUGUUUCUCAGAAUCCAUCAUUCGGUUCUAUGCCGCGGAGAUUGUAUUAGCACUGGAACAUCUCCAUCGUGAGGGCGUAGUCUACAGAGACUUGAAGCCAGAGAACGUCCUCCUACAAGCGGACGGUCAUAUCAUGCUCACCGACUUCGACCUGUCGACAAUCCUCCCACCGCUAAAACGCCAGUCAGCGACAACUCCAGACGACCGUCGAUUAUCACCUCCAAGACGUCCAAAACGUUCUGGGCCGUUCGAUUUCAUGACAUCGUGCGUAAGCUCAGCGGUUCGUGUUUCACCCGCCCACAAAAAGCCCUCACCGCCGCCAAUCGAGGUUGCGCCGUCAAAUACGAAGACUAAUUCUUUCGUGGGGACGGAAGAAUACGUGUCGCCCGAGAUGCUUAGCGGCGUCGGCCAUGAUUUUACAGUCGACUGGUGGGCUUUGGGAGUUUUGCUGUACGAAAUGGUGUACGGUGAGACGCCAUUCAAGGGCGCAAAUCGGAAGCAGACGUUUCAUAACAUUCUUGUGAAGCAGCCGCAAUUCUUGGGGCCAUGGACACCUUUAAGAGAUCUUAUCCAGAGAUUGCUCAUCAAAGAGCCGCGCAAAAGACUGGGAUUUUCAUGCAACGGAGCGGAUAACGUUAAAAAACAUAGUUUUUUUGCAGGGUUGGAUUGGGAUUCAGUGGAUAAAGUGUCGCGGCCGCCUUUUGUGCCGCCACCCAUGUCGUUGGAGGAUUUGAUUGGCAUGCAGAGUAUAGAUGUUGAGGAAUACUUUGAGAAGUUGGGAGAGAGUAAAAGAAUGAGCAUGGGGUCUGAGGAGGAAAUUUGUUCUCUGAAAACAGGCGAUGGAAAAGAAGGGGAUUGUGAUGGAGUGUUUUAAUCCAAACUGAUCUUCUUUUUCUUUCUUCCGGUGAUGGGAAAGAGAUUUGUAGAGAACAUACCUUAUUGAUGGAGAAAGAAAUAUAUGUUUUAAUCCUUUUAAUAGGGAUAAUUUUGUAAGGGUAGCGUGGCAUCAUACUAAUAAGUAUAGCAAUGUAAUUACUGAAAAUGAUAAUGCAAUAAAAAUCAGAACCGUUUCCUUCA